UAUCAUUCUUGUAUCGUAUACUUGACUGAAGUGUUUUCUGCGUUUUCUGCGAUUUGAAACAAUGGCCCGCACCAAGCAGACUGCUCGUAAAUCAACUGGUGGAAAGGCUCCACGAAAACAAUUGGCUACUAAGGCUGCUCGUAAGAGUGCCCCAGCUACUGGCGGAGUGAAGAAACCUCAUCGCUACAGGCCGGGAACUGUUGCCCUUCGUGAAAUUCGAAGAUACCAAAAGAGCACUGAAUUACUCAUCAGGAAAUUGCCAUUCCAACGUCUGGUUCGUGAAAUCGCUCAAGAUUUCAAAACCGAUUUGAGGUUCCAGAGCUCUGCUGUCAUGGCCUUGCAAGAAGCUAGCGAAGCUUAUCUCGUUGGUCUGUUUGAAGACACCAACUUGUGCGCAAUCCAUGCUAAGCGCGUAACAAUUAUGCCUAAAGACAUUCAAUUGGCUCGUCGCAUUCGUGGAGAAAGAGCUUCGCAUUUUACCUAUCGUUGUUGCGUUAUACGCUUCGCUGUAAAAUUUUUAUUACAAUUAAAGACAAUGGCUCGCACCAAGCAGACUGCUCGUAAAUCAACUGGUGGAAAGGCUCCACGGAAACAAUUGGCUACUAAAGCUGCUCGUAAGAGUGCCCCAGCUACCGGCGGAGUGAAGAAACCUCAUCGCUACAGACCUGGAACUGUUGCUCUUCGUGAAAUUCGGAGAUAUCAAAAGAGCACUGAAUUACUGAUCAGAAAAUUACCAUUUCAACGUUUAGUUCGUGAAAUUGCUCAAGAUUUCAAGACCGAUUUGAGAUUCCAGAGCUCCGCUGUCAUGGCCUUGCAAGAAGCUAGCGAAGCUUAUCUCGUUGGUCUCUUUGAAGAUACCAACUUGUGCGCAAUCCAUGCUAAGCGUGUAACAAUUAUGCCCAAAGACAUUCAGUUGGCUCGUCGUAUUCGUGGAGAAAGAGCUUAAACAGCUCACAUGAACAAUCGGCCCUUUUUAGGGCCAUAACUUUCUUCAAUGUAGAAACUCCAAGUUUUGAACUAUACGUUUGAAAUAUCCUACAAUUGAAAUUUGAGCGAGGUGUUUAUAAAAGACAAAUAUAUUUAUGAAGCAUUUUC